UGAACUGGAUGACAUCAUUCCAACAUGCAAUGUUAAACUCCGUCGACUGAGAAUCUUCUUCUGCGGCAAGUUCGGUACUGGAAAGUCCACUCUGAUUGGAGUUAUUCUUGGCGACGAGUUCGAACAGAAUAAAGACAGCACAGAAGGCGUAAACGUCAGGCGAACCCCUUGCUACUCUGCCAGCCAACGACAGUCGAGAAGAUGUCGCACUGCCACCCGUGUUCAGUUGCAUCCAAGUAAACGAAUUUUCUGCACAGCUCAUGACUGCAGCUAUUCAGCAGCAGCGGCAGCAGCGGCAGCAGCAACUUGCCACACAGGAAGACAUCAGUAUCUCAGCUAUCAAGAGCAGCAAUGGCAGCAGUCAUACUCAUGAUGGUGACUCUCACAUGGACAUGUCCCACAAUCAGGAAGAGAGAACUAACAAGUUGCCAUGGUCACCAGGCAUUCUUGAUGGCAUUAAUGACGAUAUCAUGAAAGAACUGCAACAAAUACGGACCGAAGAGGAUCAAACCGAACGAACCAGUGUUGAGUUUUGGGACUGUGGUGGUCAGCUAGCAAUGGCAACGCAACAGAGCAUCUGCCUUGCUUCAGAGCGUGCAAUGUUCGUGAUCACGUUCGAUGCCAGCAAAGACCUGCACGACAAAGUGGACACUGAAGUUUUCCGCUAUGACAAAGGAAAGACUGUCUCCAUUGAGCCAUUGUUUCCCGGAAUGACUCAUGAAGAUUUCCUGCUGAUGUGGCUAUCCACUGUGUCUUUGCGCAUGCAGCAGAGUCCAGCCAGCACCAACCCAAACCCGGAGGCAGCAAAAACCACAAGCGUGAACACCGCACAGCAGUCAAGAACUGGCACGGAUCUACGGAAGACAAAGCCAAAGGUGUUCCUCGUUGCAACCCACAUGGAUUUGGUCGACGAUGUCGAGGAGAAAAAGAAGGAAAUAAUGAGGUUGUCGAAGGCAUUCAAACGCGUUUGAAUUCCGCUCACCUUGAACUGAUUGGACCAUACUUUGUAAGCAACAAACGACCCACAGAUCCGGGGAUGAUCGAAUUCCUCAAGAACUUGACUGAAGACAUCCGCCUGCUUGAGCCUGACAUGAUUCCCCUCAACCAGAUGAAGCUGGAGAAAGCAAUUACCAUGCUUCAAGUAGCAGCUACAGCAAAGCAGCUGCAAACACCAAGGCCAAGCCAAACGUCGCCGGAUCUACGCAUGCAUGCAACCUUUGCAGAGUUCAAGGAGCUGGCAAAGUUCAUGUCAAAUGGGUCUAUGUCAGACGAGGAGCUCCGUGCUGCUUUGUCUUACUAUCACCACAUUGGUGUUGUGAUUUGCAGCGACUGGCAAGAUCCUACUGAUGAAAGUCUUGUCUUUCUCAACGUGAACUGGUUGCUACAGCUAUUCGUGCAGCUGGUUGUCCUCUCCUAUGAUCGGUACAACAACAACCCUCGUCUCCUGGCUUAUGCAGCAGAAAUCAAGGCUCUGCGGAGAAAGGGACGGGUGUCAACUUCACUUCUGGCGGCAGUCUGGAAACUGGAUCAAUGCGUUCAACAGUCACUCAUGGAAAUCAUGUGUCAUUUUGGCCUAGCUUCUGAGAUAUUAGCCGUCGAGCCAACCGAGUAUCUUCUUCCAUUUUGCAUCAGUGAGAGAGGUAGAGUGAAGACUCUUCCAGCCAAUUUGCAGUACAGUCCACCUCUUCUGGUGAUGAAGUUUUCAUGUGCUUUCUUCCCACCGGCCGUCUUCAGUCGCAUGGCAAUCUACUGUGUUUCAAACCAGUCACGUGGGGCAUCCGCGAUCCUGUUGUUGAAUACGCAGCUAUCUCGUUCAAGUUUGGCCGUCAGCACCAUGUCCGUAUCUCCUGGUUUCCUAUUGGACUGCAGGUGGAAGUGAAGUCAUCGUCCAAAUCAAAGGAGAAGGUGAUUGACGCCACCCAUCAGCUGCUGGACGUGAUCAAUGAUUCCCUUAGCAGCCUGAAAGACCAGGGCUUUGUUGGUCUUGAGUGGACGCACUGCUUCCAAUGCCAGCGCUGCAUAUCCAAUGUCGUCGAUGAAGCUGAUGAUGGCGGAGAAUCUGGGCACAAUAGUCGACCAUCAACGCCUGGGCGGACCACAACCUCAUCUUGUCAGUUACGGAGGGACAUCGACUUUAUCGAGCUCACUGGAUACGAACUGCUGGACUAUGCUGAAAGGAAAGUCAACGACACUGAGGAGUUGCAUGAAUGCAAACGCUGUAAGGAGCAUACGUCAUUGCCUUGUGACUACGUUCAUUACUGGAUCAGAAGCGAUAGCAGCAGUUCCAGCCAUGCCGCUGGCCAUAGCAGCACCACCACCAGAAGCCACAGCAGCAGCAGCAGCAGCACACGCCACAGCAGCAACAGCAGACGCCACAGCAGCAGCAGACGCCACAGCAGCAGCAGCAGACGCCACAGCAGCAGCCGCCACAGCACCAGACGCCACAGCAGCAGGUGCCACAGCAGCAGCCACGGCAGCAGAAGCAGCAGAAGCAGCAAGUAUAACAGCCGUGCUGCCGAGAGUAGCCAUGGUCGUGGUGGUGAAGCUAGGCCAGGAGGAUCAGAUGGUAAAUACGAGUCUCAGCUCUCUGACAUGACAGCAUGGGAGAGUGACGUCUUCACAGAACUUCGGCCUAAGCUGGGUUCCACGCUAACUCCAGAUGAUAUGCGUCGCCAGUGUGAGGCUAAGAAGUUGAUUACGCCUGCACAGAGUAAGCUAUUUGCAUCAUACAUUGGCCCUGCAGCGCAGAAUGAGGCAUUGCUCAAUGCACUAAGCACUGGUGAUGACGAAUCCUUCUACACCUUCCUUGAAUGCAUCCGUAAAGUCGAGCCACCAGCCAGCGCGAGAAGGUUAUUGGCCAAGCUAGAACUCGUCGACAAGUUCGGGGCAGACCGGCAGCACAGAUGAGGCCGCAUUU